AAGAUGAGCACAUGGUCCUCAACAGCCUCAAAUGAACCGCCAAACUCAACGGCUAAAUUGUCACUGCCCUUCACACACACUCCUAUCCCGGUAUCCCAAAACUAGCUAGCUAGCAAGCUCUCAAGCAACCAGCCACCGUAGCGUGUCCAUGGGGGAAUGCGAUGACUGCUGCGACAACUGCAGGUGGAAGGACUUCUGGUGGUUCGUCCUCUGCCUGGCCAUCCUCGUCGUCAUCGUCGUCGUCAUCGUCCUCGUCGUCGCCUUCGGCUUCGUCCGGCAGGUGUCCAUCACGGUGGACGACGCCUCCCUCACCCGCCUGGCACUCGUCAGCACGCCCACCACGGCGCUCGCCUACAACCUCUCCCUGACGCUCUCCAUCCGCAACCCGAACUGGGCGAUGAGCGCCAAGAACACGGAGCCGCUGGAGGCCGCCUACGCCUUCGACGGGCAACAGUUCGACCGCGUCCAGCUCGCCGAUAAAGGGGCCGCCCACGGCGCCAAGAAGACGGUGCUGUACAAGCUCACCUCGGGCUCCGGCGCCGCAUACGUGGCGCUGGGCAACGCCGGGGUUGCGGAGUUUAAGGCGCAGAACGCCACGGGGGUGUUCGAGGUGGAGGUGGCCGUGUCCGGGGAGGUCAAGUACACGGCGCGCGUGAGCAAAUGUAAGAUCCAGGCCAAGUGCCCGCUCAAGCUGCAGCUCGUGCCGACUGGGCAGGCGGCGCCGGCGGCGGUCGUGUUUCAGAAGGUCAAGUGCAAGCUCGAAAAGGCGGACAAGACCUGCUAGGCGGUAGCUAGCUAGCGCUUAAUUUGGCUACCAGCGUUAAUUUAGUUUGUGCUUUUGGAGUUUCAGUUGUACUUACAUGUUUGUGAUGUAGUACUGCCCGUGUGUGUGUGUUUAAUUAUGUUUGUACGGUACCCCAGUGCUUCAAAAAAAGACAGUGGAGUACCAAUCAAAUCUGGCUUUCCAUUUAGCAGGGUAAUUUAGACUUUUUCUAUUGUCAA